CUUUCUUUCUUUCCCUCACCACUAGCGAUAAACUCUGAACAUCAACGAAGCAGAGUGUCUCUCACACAUAAAGAUUCUUCUUACUAUGUCUCUCGAAGCGAUGAAUUCUCCGACCACUCCGUUAACAGUCCGGAAAGAUAGAGUCAAUACAACAGAUGAUGAUCUGAUGAACGACGCCGUUUUCUUAGAGCCGUGGCUGAAACGCAAACGCUCCAAACGCCACCGUUCUCGCAGUCCAUCUCCCUCCUCCUCCUCCUCCUCGCCGCCUCGAUCUCGCCCUAAAUCUCAUAAUCUCACGGAGGAAGAGUAUCUCGCUCUCUGUCUCCUCAAACUCGCCAAAGACCAUCCCUCUCCUCACAAACCCUCACCGCCGCCGCCGCCACGAGACUCCACGAAGCUCCCGUACAAGUGUAGCGUUUGCGGAAAAGCGUUUCCUUCGUAUCAGGCGUUAGGCGGACAUAAAGCCAGCCACCGAACCAAACCUCCAUCCAACGAUUCAACGUCUCCGAUGAUCAUCGCCGGAGAGAAGCAUCAGACUUCCACCGCCACCGUCCCUCCUUCCGGGAAGAUCCACGAGUGUUCUAUUUGUCAUAAAGUGUUUCCGACAGGUCAAGCUCUCGGCGGUCACAAACGUUGUCACUACGAAGGAAACCUCGGAGGAAGCAAGUCGGUUAGUCACAGUGGAAGCGUGUCGAGCACGGUUUCGGAAGAACGAAGCAACCGUGUAUUGAUUGAUCUAAAUCUCCCGGCUUUACCGGAGCUAAGCCUUCAUCACGGCACAGUCGUUGACGAAGAGAUUCAAAGUCCGUUGACCGGUAAAAAACCGCUUUUGUUGACGGGUCGUGACCAAGUCAUCAAGAAAGAAGAUUUAUCUCUAAGAAUAUAAUAAUACAUAAAUCUUCGUUAAAAAUAUUUAGUAUCAUUUUCUUUUGUUGCGAUAUAUUUUUUUACUUAAAUUAUAGGAUUGGAUAUUCAUUUUAUGUUAGGGAUUUAUACAAAAAUUUGAUUGUUUGUGGUUUGAUUAAACCAUGAAUUCGUUUUUAUUGUUAUUAGCUUUACUAAUCUCUCGAGUUCGGUUUGUAUAAUAUAAGACACGUGGCAUUCUGUGUGUGAACACAGAGCAGAAAUAGUUGGGGAACGAGAAUCCGAAUUCUUCCAUGUGGAUUCGUUGUCUUUGAUUAGAAUUCGGCACAUGUAUUAUCAGUUUGGUACAUAAUUAAAAUUUUU